CAGUCGGAUGAAGCGCUGUCACCACACUCUAACAGGUCAUUUCAGUAAAUACUUGUGACCAGAGUACUUCUCUCUACUACUUACUACUACCAGCACAAAGAUGAAGUUAAGCGACUAUAGAGUUGACCUUACUUGAUGCCAUCUGAGCCAAGAUCACAGUCUAGACUCCAGCUAGGUGAUGGGGAAUAUGGUGCGCAGCAUUAUCACCGGGGACAAGAAAGAAGCUUAUGAAGGCAGCUAUGAUGACAACGCUGAAAAAAUUGCAGAAGAUGAUAUAUUGGUGGUGACUGAAGACUACCCACCCCCUGCCAUCACAGAGCCUAUUUUCAGAUUGGGAGAGAAACUACGAGUCAUUAAAAAAGAGGUAUAUUGGUGGAAGGUGUGCUCGCUGAAGACAGGCAAAGUGAACUACAUACCUGACGCACACGUAGCCAAAAUAUAUCAUGGGUGGCUGUUUGAAGGUGUGGAGCGGCAGAAAGCAGAGGAACUGCUGCUGUUGCCUGUAAACCGUGUGGGCUCAUUUCUGGUUCGUGAGAGUUCAACAGAAAGAGGAGUGUACUCACUGUCGGUGAAGCACAGGAGUAUAAAGCACUAUCGUAUCUUCAGACUGGACAACAGCUGGUACUACAUCUCCCCUCGGUUGACUUUCCAAUGCCUCGAAGAUAUGAUCAACCACUACUCUGAUUCUGCAGAUGGGCUGUGCUGCAUGUUAACAACUCCAUGUCUCACCACCACAACCUUAGCCCAGACAGACACAGAGAUAGCCCCUCCAGUUGUAAUGCGCCAUAAUUUUGACUGGAAAAAAGUCGACAGGAAUCAGCUUGUAAGCCCUGAAAACUGCAAUGACAACACAGUGAGCUAUGGAGUGAGAAACAGCAUCGCCUCACACCUCUUCUUCUCCCAAGAGCCCACUAAUAUGCGAGAGGACAGGAAGAAAAAGAGCAAAUCAGUCUAUGGCUUCCCUAAAAAUACAGACUAUAUGGACAGCUUUUAGAGGAAUGACACCUCUACAAUGGGAAAGUAAUACUGUCUGCAAUUCUUAGAAAGACUGUAGUAUUUUAAUGCAUUUCAUGUUGAAAGCACUAUGAAGGAUAAAAAGUGGUAUGGUAAAAAUAUGUUUUGCCAGUUUUAUGAGAAGACUGAACAAACACUGGUCUGUGGCACAUUCUUUUAUCCAUGCAUUACAAUAAAUAAAAUAUGAAUAGAGUGUAAAUGAUGUAUGUUAUUUUAAAAUGAUUGUACCAUAUUGCAACAAAUAUGCCAUAAUAAUAUGCAAUAUUAUAAUUGUAUAAUAUAAAUCUUGUAUUGUA